GUUGACUUUCCUGUAACUCAUGUCGCUGUUAUCCGUUUUCCCAAGUUUUUCCUCCCCUGUGAAGUUUACUGGCUCCGGUAACCGUUUAAGAAAAAAAGCACCGUUUUCUUUUGUCUUUGUUAACCCGGAUGUGGUUUUAAGACAGACCCCUGAAUAACUUUUAUUUCCUGAAGUCACUGACGCUUUACUGCUUGUUUGCACUGUGUUCACGGGUACCGUGUGGAAAGCUAGCAUCGCCGGCUAACCACCUUAUUAUUUUUCUUGGAGACUCCGCUUCAAUCACCCUCAUAAGGAAUGAACCACAAAAGUAAGAAACGAAUCAAAGAAGCGAAACGGAGCGCUAGACCUGAGCUGAAGGAUUCCUGUGACUGGACAAAACAUAACUACUUCGAGACUUUUGAUCUUUCGCUCCGGACAGUGAAGGACGGUGUGGAACGUGUGGAUGCCCUGCAUCUGAGCCUGGAGGAGUUCAUUCAACGCUUCGAGAAGCCUUACAAGCCCGUAGUUCUUCUUAACUGCCAGGAAUCAUGGCCUGCCCGGGAGAAAUGGACUGUGGAACGCCUGAAGCGCAAGUACCGAAACCAGAAAUUCAAAUGUGGGGAGGACAAUGACGGCUACUCUGUGAAGAUGAAGAUGAAGUAUUACGUUGAAUAUAUGGAGUCCACGCGAGAUGACAGUCCACUUUAUAUCUUCGACAGUAGUUACGGUGAGCAUGCCAAACGUCGCAAACUCCUUGAAGACUAUCAGGUGCCUGUCUUCUUUAGAGAUGACCUAUUUCAAUUUGCUGGGGAGAAGCGCCGGCCACCUUACAGGUGGUUUGUGAUGGGCCCUGCACGCUCUGGCACAGGCAUUCACAUUGACCCACUAGGUACGAGUGCGUGGAAUGCCCUGGUGCAAGGUCAUAAGCGCUGGUGCCUGUUCCCCACACACACCCCACGUGAGCUUAUCAAGGUAACACGAGAUGCGGGCGGCAACCAGCAGGAUGAAGCCAUCACCUGGUUCCGUGUGAUUUACCCACGCACACAGUUACCUUCCUGGCCUGCUGAAUUCAGGCCACUGGAGAUUCUGCAAGGCCCUGGUGAAACAGUCUUUGUUCCUGGUGGCUGGUGGCACGUUGUCCUCAACUUGGAGACUACUAUUGCAGUCACUCAGAAUUUUGCAAGUACCACAAACUUCCCCAUUGUUUGGCACAAGACUGUUCGUGGGCGGCCUAAACUGUCCAGGAAGUGGUACAGAAUUCUAAAACAGGAGCGGCCAGAUUUAGCUGCUCUGGCAGACAAAGUGGACCUGCAGGAGUCCACAGGAAUUGCUUCAGACAGCUCUAGCGACUCCUCAUCCUCAUCUUCCUCUAGUUCCUCCGAUUCUGAUUCAGAGGCUGGAUCAGGCUGUGAGGGUGAUACGAUGACGCACCGCAGGAAGAAGCAAAAAACCUCCGUCAUGAUGGAAAAUGGUGAUAGCACAAGUAAAGAUGACUGUGUAAGCAAAGAACGUAGCUCCUCGCGAUGACAUCCCCUCCUGAUAACUCCACCAGCGGGAUCACCCCGUCAUCUUGCCCUCACCCUGGUUUGCUGCUCAAAUAAAUCACCAGUGACUUAAAUGGCCCAAGAAGAAAGUAAUGAUCAUAUAGUAUUUUUUUUUUUUUUUGACAGGGUGAACUUUGAAAUACUGUGAUGAGGAUUGUGGCUGUGGGAUCUGCAUAAUGGCAGGCUAAACAGUACAGUCUUUUUCUUUCCUUAUCAAUAUUUGGUUGGGAUAAGUGUUGGUGUUUAUUUGCCACACUCCAUUUCACUUAAUCUACUGGAGACGGUUCUUUCUUUUUGUAUAAUUUAGCCUUUUUUUGCUUGCUGAUUUAUUACGGUUCUAUACCUUAAUGUUCAUGCUUCACACUUGUGGACCCAGAUGCAGUUAAAUCUAAAUAACUAUUUUGUUGCUUGAUAACAUGUUACAGCUCACAUAGCUGCGUUACUGCAGGGGUUUUAUGAAUUCAUGUUGGAUUUUAUAUUAAAUUCAUUUUUGAAGUUCACUUUUUAAGAGUAAUACUCCAGAUUUUAAUACAAUGUACCUCUAUGUGCACAAACAUGCAAGAAAUAGACAUUUAAUUUUACAAAAAAUGUAUGCACCAAAAUGUGCUGUUAAUACAAUACAUUAUUUGUUACUUUUCUUUUGGAAGCCUUCAGAGCAACAAUUCACCUAGUUGUAGAAUGAGUGUGCAGUUCUUAACAGAACUUUGAACAGAUGUCUUUCAAACUUCAAGUGAACCUGGUUAUGACUCCACUGAUCUUUUACCCUUUUCCUAAAAUUGAACUGUGUUUAUUCUAAUGGUUAAAUAGAGAAUUUAAAGUUACUGGGUAUUUUUCUCUGGAAGGAAGCAAAUAGUUCUAAUACGGUGUGUGCCAAAAUAUACAGUACUUAAACCUGCGCUUCUUGGACAUGCAUUUGUUUAACGAGGCAUGGCUCUAGCUGCACAUGUUUGAUGGUAAAAAAAAAAAAAAAAAAAAGUUUGGUUGUGCAUUUGUUUUUGGAAAUGUCUCGAUAAAGGAAAAGUAUUCAUAGUUAAGUAUUAUUUCUGUUCAUGCGGAAGUGGUCGUAAACGGGGACAGAGUUUUUAAAAAGGUGGCAGAACACAUUCCUUCUCACCACCUGAUGCCUACUUGUGGGGAAUGUUAAGCAGGAGUGUGUUCAACUGUGAGGUUCUGCCAAGAACUGUGCCUGCAUUACCCAAGCAAAUCAUUUCCUUCUGCAUCAAUCUUUGAUCUAGAUUCUUGGGAAUCUGCGUAAACGAUAUGAACACGGCCUACAGCGAGGUGGUGCACACGCACUUUGAACACUUACUUUACAUUAUGCAUACCACGGUAAAUCAACACACUGAGUGUUACUUUCUUUCAGGAGAAAUAAACUCGGAUGACACCAAGGUAAUAUUUUUCAUCUUUUCAUUUCAGUACUGUAUAUUUUGCUGUAUAUUGUAUUUGCAACUAAUGAUGGUGCAUAUAUUUUAUUACAAAACUAUGGGUCUCUUCUUGCUUUUCAAUGUAAAUGCACAUAAUUGCAAAAAUGUUUAUCUGUACUGAGAGCUGAAAUCUCUCCAAAUGAAAAUGUAAAGAUGUUAAAUUGUCAGUAAAUGUUUGUGAUAAAUA